AUGGCACCCAGUGAAGCGGAACUCAACGCUGGAAUCGUAUUCGGCAUCGGGGCCUUGAACAAUGAUGAGGUCCGACCAAGGCUGGACAUCGACGUGAUGAUCGCCAAACAGCCGGACGCGUUCAAUCUCUUCCUCCUCGCGCUCAUGGAUCUAAAGGCCGAUACCUCGAAACUAGGCUACUUUUCUCUCGCGGGAAUCCAUGGACUUCCCACGGCUCUCUGGGAUGGCGUGGGCAAGAAUUUCCCUGAAGGCACGGGAGGAUACUGUGCACAUGGAAGGCUCGUCUUCCCAACGUGGCACAGACCCUACCUGGCUCUUCUUGAGCAAACCCUCUAUCGCAAAAUGCUGGCCAUCGUCAAAGAAUUCGACCGACCGUUCCAGUCCAGGUACCUCUCCGCGGCGAAGGCAUUUCGGCUUCCCUACUGGGACUACUUUCGGCCCCGCGACGUCGACGCAAGGUUUCCGGGUAUCAAGUUGGAAGGGAACCGGACGAGGCACGACUAUGAUUUCCGCAUGCCCGACAUCCUCAACGUGAAGGAAGUCAUGGUCCGAGUGCCUCCUUACGACAAGUUGACGGUCCUGAGCAAUCCGCUCUACAACUUCAAGUUCACGGACAAGCAGAACCUAGAUAAGGAUUUGGCCAGAGCUAGACUGAGGAAUUACAACCCUAAUCGAACCGUACGAUACCCCAGGGACAAGGACUCCAAGUACCACAACGUGCAGCAAUUGAGCGACGCUCUCAACAGCGGCCGCGAGGGCAGAGCCUCGAUGAUGCUCGACAUCUUGAACCCAAGCUCCACUCGGUACCCGCGACUCGGGGAUGUUGCGUCCGACUUGGUCCUGCGCGAAGGGGACAUGACACAAGCAGGCCUGUCCAGAGCCACGUCUGGGAUAUUGCCCAGAGACGGGGGUGGGAGGCCCGCCAGCUACGGCUCAAUUGAAGCCCUGCACGGUAACUACCACACUCUGGUCGGCGGCCCCAAUGGCCACAUGUCGAGUCCGUCCAUCGCGGCGUUCGAUCCUGUCUUCUGGCUUCAUCACUGCAACGUCGACCGAAUCUUCGCCAUCUGGCAGGCUCUCCAUCCAAAAGCCUGGUUCCCACCGUCGGGCCGGGACGCGAGAGGCCAGCGCCUGAAGCCGGAGAACGAAAAGGACUUGCUGCCGUUCUACAAGUUCAUCUGCGAGCUGGGCCCGAUAUACUACGACUCCGACUGGUGCAGGGACAUCGAGAGCUUUGGCUACACGUACCCGGACCUGGAUCGUCUUCGCGACCCCAAGGUGAUCUGGAGCAGAGUGUACCACAGGUAUAUCUGGAGCAUCCGCAGCGCUUCAAGCCGCAGGUUCUCGACGCCGCCCUCGGACAUGAUGCCGCUCAACCUCAACCGAGCCCAGGUCUUUCAGUACCCCGACGCCCACAAUUCGAGAACUUCGAGUACUUCAGAGUCUCCUUAUUCCGUGACGACUCGGAUCGUGUUCAAGCGAGUCUCCUCGUCGGACCCGGACACUCUGACGACGGAGCAGCUCGCCGCGCAGGAUAGAGGGUACAUGCCAGCUCCUAACAACGACAUCGAUCCAUACUUCGACCGCGAGUGGUACAUUGACAACGUCGUGAAAAGAAACGCCCUGAACGGCCCCUUCACCAUCUACUUCUUCCUCUGCCCCAGAUCGAGAUUCCCCGACGACCCGGCCGAGUACGCGGUCAGCCCCUAUCUCGCGGGCAUCAACCACAUCUUCGCCGCGCCGCGCGAGGUCUGCGACAACUGCGGCCGACAAGACGCCGCGGGGGUCCUGGCGUCCGACACGGUCCCGAUCACGCCCCUGCUCCUCGAUUACGUGGGCAACGGGGCACUGGAGAGCAUGCGGGCCGAGCACGUUCGGCCGUUCCUGGUGAAGUACCUGCGCUGGAGGGUUGUCUAUGCGGGAAUUUCGAGGGCGGAUCCGAGAGAACUGCCAAACUUCGAGGUCUCGGUCAGUGCGAAGAUCAUCUACGACGACGGGUCCGCCACGUAUGAGGCCUAUCCUGAGGUUAUCGACGACAUCAUCUACAAUGCUCGGUGAAUGCUUGUUUCCUCGCUCGGGUUUCGCGUUGCAGCGUUCGGCUUGUCGUGACCACUUGUCUCAGCUGCAAGACGAUACAAUACCUCUACCGCCUUUACUAUUAAAUCGGUUGUGUAAUUUGGUGGGUUCUCUGGGUCACAGUGGGCUGGCAGCCAUAUGUCUGAAGUUUCAGUCUGAAGAAGCCCCCGCCCUCCGAUUCUGAAGCGUGUUGAAGCUUGUGAUGGAGGAUGUCAUUCCAGGAAGAGCUUCGGUUGAGUUCUGGGUCUUUGAUAUGACAAUGGUCAUCAGAGCUGCUCUAUCAGCUUACCUUGGCGGCAAGAUACAGCAUCAGACUCUGCUGCGCGUCAGGGCGACAUGGCAACAAGCCAGGGAAGCGUACCGGCAGGGGUAUCAUUUGUGCAUGGAAGUUUGGGGAAGAAACGUGUAAAAGCAACAGGACUGCAUCCAUGAUGAAUAUACGGAAACGGUCGAG